AUGAAUAUAAGAACUGGGAAAAUACUUAUUAGAGUAAAUGGUGAAAUUCACACAGUCACACACGAUUUGCCCGGAAAUACAUCGCUAAAUUCAUAUUUGCGGGAUCACCUUGGCCUGAAGGAUGUAAAAUUUAUGUGCAACGAAGGAGGAUGCGGUGCAUGUAUUAUUUCUGCUUCUAAUUUGCAUCCAGUCAGCGGAAGGAUUAUCAAUUUUGCUGUAAAUUCGUGUCUUGUAUCAGUAUUCUCUUGUCAUGGUUGGGAAAUAAAAACUGUAUCUGGUCUUGGAAACCAGAAAAUAGGUUAUCACCCAUUACAAAUAACAUUAGCAAAAUAUCAUGGCACUCAAUGCGGAUUUUGCAGCCCGGGAAUGGUAAUGAAUAUGAAUAGUUUGUUGGAAAAUAAUGAAAAAAUUACAAUGGCCGAAAUUGAAAACUCGUUUGGCGGUAAUAUAUGCAGAUGCACAGGCUAUAGACCAAUUCUGGAUGCUUUUAAAUCUUUAGCAUCAGAUGCAGAUCCAGCUUUAUGUAAUAAAUUUAAAGAUAUAGAAGAUUUAGGCAACGUACAGAUCAAUCCAAAUACUAAGGGAUUGCUGAACAAAUGUAGUUUCUUGAAUUCGCCAAAUUAUUUUAAAAUUUUAAUCGAUGAUGCUAUUUGGUAUAAAGUUGUAUCAAUACAUAACAUUAUUGAUAUUUUAAGAGAGCAUCAAGGUGUAACUUACAUGUUAAUCGCUGGAAACACUGCAAAUGGCGUUUAUCGAAAUCAAAUAUCUCCAAAGCUUUAUAUCGAUAUUAAUGGUGUAUCAGAACUAAGAAAGCAUAUAAUCAAUAGUAAUAUAAUUUUAGGAGCCAAUAUUAAUUUAACCGAAACCAUGCUGUACUUGACAGAAUAUGGUAAAGUUAAGGGUUUCGAGUACGUUUUGGAGUUAGUAAAGCACAUUGAUCUUGUAGCUAAUGUUCCUGUUCGUAAUGUUGGAACUAUAGCAGGAAAUUUGAUGCUAAAACAUCAGCAUCCUGAAUUUCCUUCGGAUAUAUUUUUGAUAUUAGAAUUGGUUGAAGCCAAACUGACAAUCAUGGAUAUAUGUGGAAGUAAAUUCAUCGUUUCUCCAGCAAACUUUCUGGAUAUGGAUAUGGUUAACAAAUUGAUUGUGAAUAUUAUUCUUUCUCCGAUUAGAGGAAAAUAUAAUCUCAAAACUUACAAGAUAAUGAUUCGAGCUCAAAAUGCACACGCUUAUGUAAACGCUGGUUUUUGUCUGAAUUUAAACUCUAAUACCGAAACUGUGGAAAAGGCUAAAUUGGUUUUUGGAGGAAUUGCUCCUACGUUUAUUCAUGCAACCAAAACUGAGAAAUUACUCUUGGGUAUGAAUUUAUUCGACAACAAUGUUUUAAAGUCAACACUAGAAGCACUUCAUGCAGAAAUAGAGCCUGAUUGGAUUCUUCCUGACUUUGUUCUCCAUUCCUGUCCAACAAAAAAUUUAUCAUCUAAAAACGUAUUUGGAAGAGAACUGUUGUUCAGAGGUUUGUCUUCCGGGCACCAAAAGUAUGACACAAAUAAAAGUAGUUGGCCACUUCAGAAACCGAUUUCCAAAAUUGAGGGUUUGGCACAGUGUUCCGGUGAAGCUCAGUAUAUAAUUGACAUUCCACCAUUUCCAAAUGAAUUAUAUGGGGCAUUUGUAUUAUCUACAAAAGCAGGAGCUGAAAUAACCAAAAUAGAUGUAUCAAAAGCUCUAGCAACAGAAGGUGUCGUUGCUUUCUUUAGCGCCAAAGACAUUCCAGGUAAAAACACAUUUAUCAACAUGACUAUGUUAUUGGCAUCAGAAGAAGAAGAAUUAUUUCCUGAAAAGACAGUGAAGUAUGUUGGUCAACCUAUCGGCGUAAUAGUGGCAGCAUCGCAGACAUUGGCAGUAGCUGCAGCAAAAUUAAUUGAUAUACAGUAUUCCCAUGAAGGAAAUCCGAAAAUAAAUGUUCAAGAUAUUAUAACGAAUGACAAAGAAAAUAGAGUCAAAUGCAAAAUGACAGUGGAUGCCAAAAAUCAAGGUGAAAAUAUUGAUAAUAUAAUCAGAGGUACGAUGGAAAUGGGAACUCAAUAUCAUUAUACUAUGGAAACACAUGUAGCAAUUUGUGUUCCCAUUGAAGAUGGCAUAGAUGUCUAUUCCUCUACACAAUGGAUAGAUGCAGUUCAAAUUGCAGUAGCUGAUGUUUUGAACAUUCCUGUUUGCAAGGUUAAUUUGGCUGUGAGGCGAAUCGGUGGUGGUUAUGGUAUGAAAAUAUCUCGCAGCAAUUUGGUGGCUGCAGCAUGUGCUUUAGCUGCUUAUAAAUUGAAGAAACCCAUACGAAUCGUUACAAGUUUUGAAGAUACAAUGAAUGCUUUCGGAAAAAGAUACGGGUGUAUCAAUGAUUACGAAGUGGCUUUUAAUAAACGUGGCAAAAUUCAAUAUUUAAAAAAUAGUUUUUACCAAGAUCAUGGUUGUUCAGAAAAUGAAAGUGUUUUAGCAUUUACAAUGGGCGUUAUAAGUAAUUGUUAUGAUAUGAGCAGCUGGGAUAUAAAAGCUUAUUCUGUAGUAACUGAUACUCCAUCUAAUACAUUUUGUCGCGCUCCAGGGUCCGCUGAAGCAGUUGCCAUGAUUGAAAAUGUAAUGGAACAUAUAGCAUUUGUUCUUGGAUUAGAGCCAUUAGAAGUGAGGAUAGAGAAUAUGAGGAAGAAAACAGAUUACGACCACCGCAAAACUGAAAUUAAUAAAUUUAAUAAACAAAACCGUUGGCGCAAACGUGGGAUUUCGAUCGUGCCAUUAAUAUAUCCCUUGGAAUAUCUUGGUAAUUUUUGCGCAAUGGUAUGUAUUUACCAUGGCGAUGGAACAGCAAUCGUAACACAUGGUGGAAUUGAAUGCGGUCAAGGAAUUAAUACAAAGGCUGCACAAGUUUGUGCUUAUGCUUUGGGAUUGCCUCUGUCUAUGGUGCAAGUUAAACCUUCAUCGGCAUUAACUGCUCCAAACGCCUACUUAACUGGAGGAAGUUCAACGAGUGAAGCUUGUUGUUAUGCAGUUCUGGAAGCUUGUAAAACUCUGUUGAAAAGAUUGGCUCCUCUCAGAGAAAAAUAUGAAAAUCCGCCCUGGAAAAAUUUAAUUGCAAAAGCAUUUGACGAUGGUGUCGAUUUGCAAGCUACAGCUUUGUAA